UUCCAGUCAUUACUAACGCAGAGGAGAGGGCCAUCACUCCUAGAAACCCGACUAUCUUACCUGGUUCCCCAAAUUCCACCUCAAUACCUCGCUUCGUCAGCAGCCACCCUACACAGCAGCGAAUGACAACCUCCCACCAUUUGUGAGUGCAAACUGGUUAAUUGCGAGGGCUACGAAACCCCAUGUUCAUCAGAGAACCAGCUCCCCCACAUCCCCUUGCCUGCUCUCUCAGCUCUGAAACGAAAUUUCCAGAGUCUUCCUGCAGUUGGCAAGCACACACAGAACAUGUCCCCGGAGCAGAACUUUGCGGAAGCUCAGUCCUAGUUCAACAUGGGUGUGGCAGGGUACCAUGCUCAGAUCUCCAACUUGACGUUGGCCAUUGAAGUGUCUAAAACUGACCUCCACAACCAGAUCCUGGACUACCAUGAGUCUCUGGACAUUAAGCUGGCUCUGGACGUGGAGGUCUCAACCAACAACCUGCUGGAAGGAGACGAUCUCAAAUGCCAAUUAUAGGUGACUUGGUGACUUCACCAAUGGCUUCAGAGGUGUAUGACUAUGACUCCAGCUUCACCCCCACGGCUGGUGAGGACGAUCUGGAAGACUUUAUGUGCGACAAAUCUCCCGUCAGGGCAUUCCGAGGCCAGUACGAACCCCCUCUCUACUGGACCAUCAUCAUCCUGGGCGGCCUGGGCAACCUGACCGUGGUUUGGAUCUACCUGCACUUCCGCCAGCGUCUCAAGACCAUGACCGAUGUCUACCUGUUGAACCUAGCUGUGGCCGACCUCUUCUUCCUGGGCACUCUGCCCCUCUGGGCCGUGGAGGCCACCCAGGGAUGGAACUUCAGCUCGGGUCUCUGCAAGGUCACCUCAGCCCUCUACAAGAUCAACUUCUUCAGCAGCAUGCUGCUGCUCACCUGCAUCAGCGUUGAUCGCUACGUGGUCAUCGUCCAGACCACCAUGGCCCAGAACUCCAAGAGACAGCGCCUGAGCUGCAGCAAAUUGGUGUGCGCCUGCGUCUGGCUACUGGCCGUGGCUUUGGCCCUGCCUGAGUUCAUGUUCGCCAAUGUCAAGAAUCUGGAGGGCCGGGGCUACUGCACCAUGGUCUACUGGAGUAACCAGGACAACCGCACCAAGAUCAUGGUCCUGGGGCUUCAGAUCUGCAUGGGCUUCUGCCUGCCCCUGCUGGUCAUGGUGUUCUGCUACGCCGGCAUCAUCCGCACCCUGCUCAAAACCCGCAGCUUCCAGAAACACAAGGCGUUGCGCGUGAUCCUGGUGGUGGUGGCUGUGUUUGUCCUCUCCCAGUUGCCGUACAACAGCGUGCUGGUGAUGGAGGCCACCCAGGCGGCCAACAGCACUCAGACAGACUGCAGUGCGGCAAAGCGGUUCAAUGUGGUCAGCCAGGUGCUGAAGAGCCUGGCUUACACGCACGCCUGCCUCAAUCCCUUCCUGUAUGUGUUUGUGGGCGUACGCUUCCGCAGAGACAUCCUCAAGCUUCUCCGCAUCUACCACUGCUGGCCGGCCAAGGGGAAACUCCGCAAGAUCCAGGGAGGCCCCGGGCGCUCCUCAGUUAUGUCAGACACGGACACCACACAAGCACUCUCGCUUUGAAGGCACGGUCAUAGUACAACCUUUCACUUGCGACCAGAAGUCCCUCAUAAUAAUUGAGGUCUGUACAAACUUGUUUGCAUACAUGCUCUCUAUUCCAUGAUGCAGAGGUUGUAAUGUUUUUUCCCCCCCGGUUGCCCACUCUUGCAUUAGACUUUUAUCUUCUUUGGUUAUCCGACCAUUGCUGAGGCUGAGGCAGUGACAUGGGGAAGGAAGAGGUCCCUUUCUGAGAGCUGGGGGAAUGUCGACAAAGACGUCUUGGGUACAUUGCUAGAAGCGUUGGUUAUGAUGAGACUCUUCUUUGGCUGGUCCAAAGACCUUCUCAUUUUUCCUAGUGACUUCUCAAUUUUGCUGGAUGGACAUUCACAGUCUGGUUGGGGGUUUGUGUUUCACGAUGCCAGGGAUUGGAAAGAGCUAACCAUGACAACAUUUGUCCUGUACUGGUCUAAUGCAUUUGCAGUGGUCUAUAAUGUUCUGCCAAUUCAGCCAUGUUGUUUUCGUGUCUUUUUUUUGUGCAUUUGUUCAGAAAGCAGAGAGAUGGGAAAGAGAAGACACCUCUUUUCUUUGCAAUGAUGGAUUUUGUGACAGCAUGGGCAGCGCCAUUGUGGACUAUCUCCAUUUUAAAGUUUAUUAGCAGUUUGUAAACAAACGGAAAAGGUCCAUACCAUCCCCUACUGUGCUGGAUUGUGUAUAGUCUGAAAACGUGUAACGCUCUGCCGCUUUUUUGGCAAGUGUACCCUCUAUCCAUCUCUAUGUUAUGGAUAUUAUUUGUAUCAAUUUCUUUGUCAGGAGCAUAUCAAUAAACUUAUACAUUCUUUGAAAUACUUUCUAAGUAGGAAAUACCAUAUUUGUGAUGAGUAUGUUAAGCAUUCACAGUGAGAGUGAAAUUGUCAUAAACAAAAAGUUGUAUAAAAUGCCUAUGAUGCCUAUGAUGUUCACAAUGACAAUUCUCAACAUAAUCAUUGUAAAUAUACCCAUGUCUUUAAAACAAUUUAGGUCACUGUUAUUGUGUCUCAAAUGUGCAUUAAGAAAUAAACAUCUACAGUCCCUCACAAA